AUGAUUGCCCAGACCGUCCUCGCUGUCUUCACCUUCGCCCUUGCGGCCGUUGCUCACCCAACCCAGAGCGAGCCCACUGUCGGCCCUACUGGCAACGCCGUCUGCGGUAACGGUCAAGUCAUCUCCUGCUGCAACAAGACCGACAACAACAGCAACAACGGAUCCGGUGGUCUUUUGGGUCUUGGCCUCGACGGCAUCUUGGGUGGAAGCUGCUCCCCUCUCAACAUCCCAGUUUUGGCUAUCGACAUUCCCAUCAGCCAGGCUUGCGCUGGUAACCAGGCUGCUUGCUGCACUGGUGACGAGAACGGCCUUGUCAACCUCCAAUGCACCAACGUCAACAUCUAAACGCGGUUGCUUUGAGUCGGGAGUUUGGAAAGGCGGCCAGGGUUUAGAUGGUCGGGAAGGAUUUCACUUCUGUUUGGCGGUAUCUCUUU